AUGAGUCGUACACUUAGUCACACUGAACAACGUUAUCCGCAGAUAGACAAGGAAGCGUUAGCCAUCAUCUGGGCCGUACAAAAAUUCUUUUACUACUUAUACGCGCGACACUUCACUUUGUUCGUAGAUAACAAACCGUUAACUCAGAUCUUACAUCCAGAAAAAUCUCUCCCUAUUCUUUGUAUUAGUCGUAUGGCCAAUUACGCCGAUUAUCUUUCACACUUUAAUUAUACAGUAAUAUUUAAGCCGUCUAAAUUGAAUAGUAAUGCAGAUUAUUGUUCUCGCUUGCCGCUAUCAACCACGAACAACACAGUCUACAGACUUGAAAUUGAAAAAGAGGAAGAAGCAAUAGACGAUGAAUUCGAUGAAUUUGUUUUAUGCCAAAUUAGACAACUUCCAGUUCGUGCAGAACAUAUAGCUGAGGAGACACGCAAGGAUCCACAUUUGGGCAAGAUCGUCAAAAUCUUAGAAACUGGCCGAGACCUCCCACGAGCAGGCUACAAAGCCCCUGAAGCCAAGUAUUCAUUAACUGCUGAUUGUUUGCUAUUCGAACAUCGGGUGGUAAUACCAGCCUCGCUACAACCAGCAAUAUUAAACGACCUGCAUACGGCACAUGUAGGAAUCGUUAAAAUAAAGGGCAUCGCUCGAUCAUUUGUAUAUUGGCCAGGGAUUGAUGCAGACAUCGAGCGGGUUGCAAAAUCUUGCGCGGAAUGCGCCAAGCACGCUCAUGCUCCUCCGAAAUCCAGGAACCACCAUUGGGAGUAUCCUAAGGGGCCAUGGGAACGCGUACAUAUUGAUUACGCCGGACCCGUAGCAGGCGUGAUGCUGCUUAUCAUCACAGACGCAUAUAGCAAAUGGCUCGAGGUGAAAGUCACCAACUCUACGACUACUGCAGCGACAAUCGCAAUCCUAGACGAAUUAUUUUCAACUUAUGGAGUUCCAGUUACCAUAGUUUCAGACAACGGUCGCCAGUUUGUUUCCGCUGAGUUCGAAACGUUCUUACAAGUCAGCGGCGUCAAAUAUCAUAAGCUUACAGCGCCGUAUCAUCCUUCGACAAACGGCCAAGCAGAACGAUACGUACAAACCAUCAAGAAUGCUUUAAAUACGAUGUCUACUACUCAAGGGACCAUACAACAGAACAUAAACCGAUUUCUGCAACAAUACCGUAAGGCUCCACACGCGACAACAGGACAGCCUCCUGCUAAACUCUUCUUAGGUCGCAAUAUACGAACUCGGUUAGACUUGGUCCGACCUGAUAGUAUGUACACCAAAAUGAAGGAGAAACAACUACAGCUUGAUCCUUCAUCUAGAUCAUUUAAACCGGGACAAACAAUUUAUUUCCUCUCGGGUAAUCCUCGGAUGGAUAAAUGGAUUCCAGGCAUAAUCGUUACCAGGCUAGGAGAUCUUCAUUAUGAAAUAGAAUACGCCAGUAAACGAUUUAAGCGACAUGUAGACCAGAUUCGCGCAUUCAUCAGUAAGGAAUCAGAAUGUUCAACUGAUCGCAAUCUAACACAAACUGAAGAAACGCAACCUAGCGUACCCCGACGAGUUCAUUUCUAUGGAGAUAAACCACAAGUCAUCCCGAAUGAAGCAGUGGGUUCUACGACUCCAAAUCCACAGUCAAAGAUGGUGAAGUUACCAUCGACGCCAGCCCACUCAACAAUCAGAUCGCAAGAGUCGUCACCAGAACUAUUUUUUACACCACCGGUUAUACCACGUAGGUCGACUCGAUCUCGUCAUCCUCCUAAUAGAUAUGUUCCAAGUUAA